AAUCAUCAACGAGGAGUUCAAAGCGAAGCAGUUCAAUCUCCAUUAACCCUGGCGCCAUGAGUCUGGCGCUCAUCCAAGGCUAUUCUUCAGCCGAAGAUGAAGCUGAAGACAACUCUCUCCUCGACCGCACCUCUUCCGACGACGACGAAGAUCUACCCACCGCCGCCGCCGCCGCCUCCUCCUCGGCUACCGUCAAUCUUUCCAUACGCGACAGGUCACUUUUCGAACUUCCACAGCCCUCCUCUCAUCCCGGCUUGCCUUCCGCCUUCGACGCUUUCUCCGAAGUUUCAGGACCGCCGGAGUUUCUAAAUAAUUCGGUCGAGGAGUACGCUGCAACGAAAGAUGUCGAUCAGCCGCGAGGGAACCAUGGGGGUCGUAGGAAUCGGAAGGAGAAGAAAGAUUUGCCUACUGGUGCUGUACUGGAGGCAAAAGCUCAACUAGUUGGGAUUCAUGAACGAGUAAGGAGUGAUGUUGAGAGUAAUCAACCAUCAAAUCCAUCCAUUUCAAACGCAACACAGGAAGGCAAGCGUGUGGCAACUGCAGCCAAUCCAAAUGCUGAAGACGCUGCAGAGCUACUGAGAAUGUGCCUGCAUUGUGGCAUUCCCAAGACCUUUUCAAAUGCCCGAGGGAUGUUUUGCCCUCUAUGUGGUGAUCGUCCUCCAGAGCCGAACAGCGAGACUAAAAAGAAGGGUUCUACAGUCAAAGAUAAGGAAAAGGUAAAGAGAAUGAGGGGACAGUCAUCUCAUGCUACUUGGAAGAGCGAAACCGAGAUGCAUCUUAGACAACAGUUUGAUUAGAGUAUUUCAGAUACAUUUUCUUUGAGCUCUAGGAGACUUGUAAUAGUGUGCCAGGACUAUUCAUAUUACUGUAUGAUAUUAUCAUCUAAGAUUGAUGUAAUUUAAUGGUGUUACCCACCAAAAUACUUCCUUGCAA